UGUUCAAGUGCGGUGUGGGCGUGGCUCGCAGUCUAUCACGCCCACAUCAGCGAUUCUCAGCCAAUCAGAUCUGCGGGGCCGGAUAUUAUUCUGAACUUGGGAUCCAGCAGCGUCUGUUCCAGGGUGACAAGCGUAUUUCCAAACGGAGAGCAGACCCACACAGCUUGACAGAUGCAGCAGACCGACGAUAUGGAGGUACCUUUUAUUAAUGAUUCUAACAGUAACACACACAAGUCUCUGGCUCAAGAGAGAGAUGGCUUUCAUCAGCAGAAGGAUUCGGAGGGGUCCAUGGAGUCCCCGAACCUGGAGUUUGAAUAUGGGGACACAGACAGCUUCACCGCAGAACUCUCAGAGCUGUACAGCUACACAGAGGAACCGGAGUUCAGCCUAAACCGAGAUUACUUUGAGGAAGACUUCAAGAAUCAUGUGAAGGGUCGGCGGUGGAUGGAGUUGAGUGUGGAGGAGCAGCGGGCGUAUGUCAUGCGGCUGCUGGAUGCACUGGAAGUCACAGAUCGAGACAAGAGGCUCAAAGUGGCACGGGCCAUCCUCUAUUUGGCCCAAGGUGUGUUUGAUGAAUGUGACACCGAGACAGACGUCCUCUACUGGUCUCGACACAAUGUCUUUCUGCUGUAUGACAUGGGCAUCUUCACGGCUCUGCUGGAGCUGCUCAGCAUGGAGAUUGAUAAUAACCAGGCGUGCAGCAGCGCAGUGAGAAAACCAGCCAUUUCUCUGGCAGACAGCACUGAACUCAGGGUUCUUCUGAGCAUCAUGUAUCUGAUGGUUGAGACCAUUCGUGUGGAGAUGGAGAGUGACAGUCCUGAGAGGAAGGCUGCCAGAGAGGCCUUCAAAAUAGAAUUGGGUUCACCUCUUUAUAACGGAGAGCCCUUUGCACUGCUCCUCUUCACCAUGGUUACCAAGUUCUGCAGCAUGAAUGCGCCUCAUUUCCCCAUGAAGAAAGUGCUGCUCCUGCUGUGGAAGACCAUACUGUUCACUCUGGGAGGUUUCGAGGAGCUGCAGGAGAUGAAGGUGAGAAUGAGAGAUCAUCUGAACUUGCCACCUCUGCCUGAGGACAGCAUUAAGGUGGUGCGAAACAUGCGGGCCGCUUCUCCACCUGCAUCAGCCAUGGAGCUUAUUGAACAACAGCAGCAGCAGAAAAGAGGACGCCGGAGCCGCCGGAGUGCCUUUGUUGAUAGCUUGGAAGGAGACAGUCCAUAUGCCAAGAAACAGCCUCUGGUCAAGCAGGACAGUCUGGACACUUACAACGAACGGGACCCAUUUAAGAACGAUGACGCCCGGGAUGAAGAGGACGACCCAGAGGAUGUGGACAGCGGCAUUGAAGGAGAAGUGGAUCCUCUGGACAGAGACGUAAUUAUUCAGCCUCCUCCGCCUCCUCCACCGCUGCGGCCCCCGACUGAGAGACUCUCCUUUCCCAAGGGCCUGCCAUGGGCCCCCAAAGUCAGAGAGAAAGACAUCGAGCACUUUCUGGAGACCAGCAGAAACAAAUUCAUUGGCUUCACCUUGGGAAAUGACAUUGACACUCUGGUUGGGUUACCAAGACCUAUACAUGAGAGUGUCAAGACUCUGAAACUGCACAAGUAUGUCUCUAUAGCGGAGGUCCAGAUCAAGAAAGAGGACGAGCUGCAGCAGUGCCCCAUGACUAUGGGGGAGGAGGAGGUGGAAGAAACUCCCACAGAGAUUCUGUAUUUGGGGAUGUUGCCCAGCCUCUCACAGUAUGUAAUUGCACUUUUGAAGCUGCUUCUGGCUGCGGCUCCAACCUCCAAAGCAAAGACAGAUUCGAUCAACAUCCUGGCCGAUGUUCUUCCAGAGGAGAUGCCAAUCACCGUCCUCCAGAGCAUGAAGCUGGGCAUUGAUGUGAACAGACACAAGGAGAUUAUCGUCAAAGCCAUUUCAGCUCUCCUGCUACUGCUGCUCAAACACUUCAAACUCAACCACAUAUACCAGUUUGAAUAUGUGGCUCAGCAUCUGGUGUUUGCCAACUGCAUCCCUCUCAUCCUCAAAUUCUUCAACCAGAACAUCAUGUCUUACAUCAGUGCCAAAAACAGCAUUUGUGCACUUGAUUUCCCACAUUGUGUGGUUCAUGAAAUGCCUGAACUCACAGCUGAAAGCCUGGAAGCUGGCGACAGUAAUCAGUUUUGCUGGCGUAAUCUGUUCUCCUGCAUCAAUUUACUGAGAAUCCUAAACAAAAUCACCAAGUGGAAACACUCAAGAACUAUGAUGCUUGUGGUGUUCAAGUCUGCUCCUAUCCUGAAAAGGGCGCUCAAGGUCAAACAGGCCAUGAUGCAGCUCUAUGUCCUCAAACUCCUCAAGAUCCAGACCAAGUAUCUGGGACGACAGUGGAGAAAGAGUAACAUGAAAACCAUGUCUGCCAUCUACCAGAAAGUCAGACAUCGACUCAAUGACGACUGGGCAUAUGGAAAUGAUAUUGACGCUCGACCAUGGGACUUCCAGGCGGAGGAGUGUGCGUUACGAGAGAGCAUUGAGAAAUUCAACACACGACGCUACGAUAAGAAUCAGAACAGUGAGUUUACACCGGUGGACAAUUGCCUUCAAAGUGUUUUAGGUCAACGCGUGGACCUGCCAGAAGACUUCCAUUACAGCUAUGAGAUGUGGCUCGAAAGAGAGGUUUUCUCCCAGCCCAUUCAGUGGGAAGGUCUGCUGCAGGCCCAGUGAUGGCAGUGAUCAUUAUUAUAAGACUUUCUUGUUUAACCGACACCAAUUACUGUGGCUCACCAUCGACACACAAAUACUCAAAGCAAUGAGGAUCUGGCGUUCCAGUUCUGUAAUGAAAUCUUGUAUAUAGAGAUUUAUAUGUGUGAAUAUGGGACGGUAAUCUUCCUUUGGUAAUUCUGAGUAGAGAGCACCUGGUGCUUUGGGCAAACACAAAUAUAUAUAAUAUGAGAGAGAGAUAGAAUGAUAAUAUGAUCUUUUUCAAUAACUGAAGCACAAUUUAGGUACAAUAACUGCACAAAUACAGUAUUUUAAUGCAUAUAUACUCCAGAUUUAUUUAUAUGGUCUGUCGCCGUGUCUGACUGUGGAAAUGUUAAAACUUUAUGUAAAUAUGAAGACUUUAUGAGGCAGGGUCUCUUUCAGAAAGCUGUCCUUGACGUGUUAAAACUUGACAGGAUUUUUAUUCAUUUUUUUCAGUCUGUAGCAGCAGGAGUGUGUGUGUGUGUGUGUGUGUGUGUGUUCUUGAGAAAACAGUGAGUCAUCUCUUUUUGUCCCCAUGUAGCUCUGCACAUCACACACACACACCCCAGAGCAGCACAAUACACACACAUUCAAAGUGUCCUUGGUGACUUUACCGUCACCCACACUACACAUGUCGCUCACUGAAUGGUGCUGGUUUUUAACACUUGAUUUGAUGUUCUUGUUAUUGAGACACAUUGUGUUCUGAGAUUAUUAGACAAGGUCUUGGGAAGCUGACGCUGUGAACCAGUGUCGUUGUCAUAUACAGCUAUGGAAAAACUUGAUUUACUGCGUUUAUCAGGUAUGGGUUUGAGCAAAUAUUUGAUUUAUGCUAUCAAGGUCUGAUAACUUUUCUUCAUAAUGUGAACUUUUUCAAAGUAAAGUAUUGUUAUAUGGAGCAUUUUUUAUGUUCAGAAAAUGGCGGUCAGAAUAACAAUUGUAGCAAUUGAAAAUCAGUGUUAUUGCACUAAACAAUGUUUUUUUGCCAUCGUUUGACUGUAGUAAAAACUAGUGUUGUCUACAAAUGAGCAUAAACGCCUGUAAAUGGCAGAGUUUUAUUAUUUUAUGCAAACAAAAAAGCACUAAAAGUUUUUUUUAUUUUAGAUUAAGAAGAAUUGUUAUUAGUUUACAUUUUACUGAAACAACCAUAUUGUGAUGCUUUUUGUUGCCUAACUUUACAAAAAGGUGUGCCAUGUUUUCAAACAUGUUUAUAAUAGGGCGCAACGGUAAAAUCGAACUUAAUUUGCAGAUGUGUAGUUCUCAAAAAUCACCACAGGAGGGCGCAACGUUAAAAUCGGACUCAAUUUGCAAAAGUGUAACUCAAAAAAAUCACCACAGGAGGGCGCAACA